UCAGCAACUAUUGAGCAACUAAAAGAGAGUGUUUCAAAGCUUAAACUCCCUAAAGAGCACACUCCUAGAAUCUAAUCCAUACAAAAUGGCAGACAAAAUAAAAAAUUUCUUUAAAAAGAAGAAGAUUGAUGCUAAAUUCAAGCUCGCAGGCCCUGGCCAUAAGCUCAGUGAAUCUACAAUUAGUAAUCAAUCAUCAAAUCAUUCAAGAAAGGAUGUUCAAGCUGUGACAAGGUCAGGAUUGUCUGAGGAAAGUAAGGUAGCUGCAGAAGCUGCAUUGGCGAGACUGCAACAGACAAGAGAUAAUCCUACAUUCAAUACUUCUUUGGCUGCAAUAAAGGCUCAAGUGAAGAAAGAAUUGGAAAAUGAAACUGCAUGCAACUCCAAAUCAGUCGCAGAGCCAAGGGAGCCGAGUUAUAAAGUGGAGACAGAAAGUGAAGUGCCUAAAAAUUUUGCUGCAUCUGGAGUGUACUUCAAGUGCCCUCUUAUUAGCAAUGAUAUUCUACCUCGCGACAAAUGGAAGAAGAACAUUAAAACAUUCCUGUAUGAACAAUUGGAGGACGAGAGGGGUCUGACUGCCUGCCUCAUUAUACAAUCCUGCAAUAAUAAUAGGGAAAAGGUUGAUACAUGCGUAGAAACUCUGUGCAAGUAUUUAGAGAAUAUAGUCACUUAUCCGGAAGAGGAAAAGUAUCAGAGGAUUCGAAUGAGUAACAGAGCUUUCUGUGAAAGAGUACAACCUAUAGAAGGGGCGAUGGAUCUGUUAAUAGCCGCUGGAUUCUCUCAACAAAAAGUGACAAAUGCAGAUGGUGUCGAGGAAGACUUUCUGGUGUUCAAUAAAGAAAAUGUGCCUUCAGUGGAAAGUUUGACGACUCUAAUCGAUGCAUUGAGAACAGCGGAUCCGAUUCAGCUAGAGUUAGAUAGGAACCUGCAAGUUUUGCUGCCUUCGCAAGCCGCUAAUAAAGUACAACUACCGCCAUCCUUCUACGCCCUCUCGCCUGAAGAAUUGAAGAGAGAACAACAACUUAGGGCUGAAGUAAUCGAGAAGAGUCAAAUGCUGCGUACAAAGGCGAUGCGAGAGAAGGAUGAGAUAAGAGAGAUGCGCAAAUACAAAUUUGCGAUCAUCAGGAUCCGAUUCCCGGACGGAAUACUAUUGCAGGGCACAUUUUCAAUCUACGAACGAUACCAAGACAUCCACGAAUUCGUUCAAGAGAACCUCGAACACAGUGGGUUACCUUUUGUCCUUAACACGCCCACCGGCCAUAAGCUAAUAGAAGAGGAGGACGCGAACAAGACCCUUAUUGACCUACGCUUAGUACCAGCGACAGUGCUCACAUUCGCUUGGCACAAUUCCAUUAUCGAAGACAUAAACAAAAGCCCAAAUAGAGAUGUGUAUUUGAAACCUGAAGUUAUGGUUUUAGUGCAAGAGAUCUAAUGUUUAUUUUAGUUUUUGUUUGUUUAAGAGAAAUAGAUGUUAUGCUUUUACUAAA